AAUUAGGAUUAGAAAUUGGAGAGUGGAGUUUUUUAUAAUAUGUCGAGUUGGACCUUUGUUGUCGUAGGAGAAAUCGACUCCAGUGAAAAGCAGCCAUAACCAGAUCUUGAAUAUCGGGUUUCGAUCGUUUCAAGCAGAGAGGAGCGAAAAGACAAGUUUAAUCAGGAAGAAGGAUAGAAAAGCAGUCAAUACAAGGAGAACCAAAAAAUGUCGGCACUCUUCAACUUCAAUUCGUUUCUUACUGUAGUGCUGUUAGGGAUUUGUACAUGCACUUACUUGAAGAUGCAAUUUCCUGCACUUCUUGAAGAGAAAACUGGGUUUCGAGGUUUCUUUUGGAAGGCGGCUAGAAUAGGUGAGCGUUUGAGCCCUUGGGUGGCUGUAGGAUGCUUCACAAUGGGUGUGUCAGUAAUCUUCUUCUGAGAAACCGACUUGUUAGUUUACUCAAAGUUAUGCUUAUUACCACGAAGACCAUGAGAAGUAAUAGAAGUCAAAGAAGAAGAAGAAGAAGGAUAUUAUGCUGAAAUCAAGGUAGUAGGAGUUGUAAACCAAUAGGAAGACGAGAGACGACAUAGAAUGCAAACUCUUGAAGAUGAACGCCCUCUCUUCACCCCAGUGGAGAAUUGUUAGAAUCAUCUUCUUUAAAGGUUUUCCCGUCGCCUCCUUCAGUAAUUUUCACAUUCUCUUGUUACAGAUACUCUAGGGUAUGGACCUUCCGAAAAUAACUGAGACGUGCAUAGGUGGUAAAUUAUGUAUGACUUGUAAAACUAGAAGCUGCGGUUCUGUGCUGGUCUUUUUAUAAUAUUACUAGUAUUCAUCAUACUAAUCCCCAUUUUUACUAGUAUUUAUCGUCUUUUUGAUUUAGUUA